GCAAAUCCUAACAAUGUAUGAACAGGAAGUACAGUUUUGUCUUACGUAAAUAUGGUCUGCGCUACUUUGCGCCACUCGAUUCCAAAGUCCAUUGUUUAUUGUCAAGUCCAUGAAGCUAAAAGAAGCCUGCUUGACUUUUUCUACACGGAAUUGGGUAAACUGGAGCAAAAACGAUUAUCGGCAUUACUGAAUGAGGAUCCAGCAAUCAUGGAACGCCGAUCCGCUCUUGCGAAGAGACUGGAAUUAUAUAGGAGUGCACAAGCUGAAAUCGAUAUGGUCGCUUGGUCGAAGUAAGAGUGGGUAAAUUUAGAUCCAUGAGGCAUGGUAUUGGGAUCUGUUUUGUUGUAUUUUCGUUAAAGCAAUAUAUUUUUUAAGAAUUUUAGAAUGCAAACAUCAUUUGUUGUGUAUUCUGAGUUUCUUUAAAGCUGUAUAAUAUGCAAAUGUUUUGCCACUUUAUCGCUUAUGUGAUUUUUCAUUCAUUAAUUUAAGCAUCCGAACACAUUUUAGAAAUAA